AUGGAUCAUCAGAGAGAAAUCAACAACACUACAAGAAUGGGAGGUAUCAUCAGAUUGUUACUUGUUCUUAUACUGUUAAGUUUGACGAUUUGCACAUCACUAUCAACGUCUGCAUCACCUCCAGUUACUGGAGCAACCCUUCAGAAAGUAGCUGCUUCUCUGAAAAUGUUUGUUGAUCAACUCCCACAAAUUCCAAAGCUUUUUGGUCAUUCAAUGCAUCACGGCUCACCAGCACCUGGACAUCUCACCAUAGGCAUGUUCCAGAAGAAAUGGAAAUUCCACCGUGAUUUACCUCUAACGACAGUCUUCGCAUAUGGCACAUCGGCAAAGACAGCUAGCGUACCUGGGCCAGCGAUUGAGGCCCUAAAAGGGGUACCAACAUCAGUGACAUGGCAAAACCACCUUCCUCAGAACCACAUCUUCUCAUGGGACCCAACCGUCACCACCGCCAUCCCUAAGCAUGGUGGGGUUCCAACGGUUGUCCAUCUCCAUGGUGGCAUUCACCCACCACAAGAGGACGGUAACCCACUCGCCUGGUUCACUUCACAUUUCCGAGAUACCGGAUCCGCUUGGACUCAAGCAACCUAUACGUACCCGAACGUCCAAGCUGCCGGUGAUCUAUGGUACCAUGAUCACGCACUUGGGUUAACACGUGUCAAUCUCCUAGCAGGCCUGAUUGGCCCUUACAUCAUCUGUGAUCCAAAGUUAGAGAAACCUUUGAAUCUCCCAUCCGGACCCGAAUUCGAUCGGAUCCUGAUGAUCUUCGAUCGGAGCUUCUUCAAAAAUGGAUCCAUUUACAUCAACUCAACUGGUGAUAACCCUUCCAUUCACCCACAAUGGCAACCCGAAUAUUUUGGUAAUGCCAUUAUAGUUAACGGUAAGGCUUGGCCAUAUCUUAAGGUCCAACGAAGAAAAUACCGUUUUCGGAUCAUCAAUGCCUCCAAUGCACGAUACUUUAACUUCAACUUAUCCAAUGGUCUCCCGUUCGUCCAAGUGGCAUCUGAUGCGUCCUACCUCAAUUCCCCAGGCCAGACACAAAAUAUACUCCUAGCCCCUGCCGAGAUCGCUGACGUUAUAGUUGACUUUUCAACUUCUAAGACCAAUGAGUCAGUCUUAACCAAUAGCGCACCUUACCCAUUCCCGUCGGGUAGUCCGGUGGACCAGCUGAGCGGAAACGUCAUGAAAUUCAUCAUUGCAUCGGGUAAACCAACCCGUCCGGAUAACUCGAAGAUCCCAACAAGUCUAGUGAAUUAUCCGGUAGCAACAAGAACAGGUGCAGUGAAGACGAGGUAUAUUGUGUUUUAUGAGUAUGAUAGUACAACCGGAAACCCAACCCAUCUCUAUGUUAAUGGGAAAAAGUACAUGGAUCCGGUGACGGAAACCCCGAGAUCCGGCACCACCGAGGUGUGGGAGGUGAUCAACCUGACCCCAGAUAAUCACCCAUUACACAUACACUUGGCCACAUUCCAGGCAAUCAAGACUCAAGCACUGGUAAAUCUCACCACAUUCACCAACUGCAUGACAAAGAAGAAUGAUGCAAUUGCCUGUAACGUGAAAGCCCAUGCAACUGGGAAAUUGCUAACCAUCCCCAACUAUGAGAAGACAUGGAAGAAUGUAGUUAAGAUAGCAUCUGGAUUUAAAACUACUGUAGUCGUCAAAUUUAAUUUGGUGGAGACGAAUUCAAAGUAUCCGUUCAACGUUACUGCUGCACCUGGAUAUGUCUACCAUUGUCACAUUUUGGACCAUGAAGAUAAUGAGAUGAUCCGGCCACUGAAGCUGGUUCUUUGA